CUGAUAACACUCCACCUCCUCCUCGCGCCAGACACUAAAGUCGAGGAGUCCUUCAACAUCCAGGCCGCCCACGACGUCCUCGUCUACGGCACCCCGACCCGCGACGUCGCCGCCCGCCUCCGCGCCUCCUACGACCACUUCGACUUCCCCGGCGCCGUGCCCCGCACGUUCGUCGGCCCCGUCCUCCUCGCCGGCAUCGGCGGCCCCAUCGUCUCCCUCGCGGGCUUCGCCAACGCCCAGCUCGUCGUCCGCGCGCUGCUCGGCCUCGCCAACGCCGCCGCCCUCAUCGUCUUCGCGAGGAGUCUGGGGAAGGCGUUCGGCGCUGGUGCAAUGCGCUGGUGGGUUGUCUUGCUGCUCAGCCAGUUCCAUGUCGUCUUUUACGCUUCGCGGACGUUACCCAACAUGUUCGCUUUUGCACUGACAACACUCGCCUCGGCAAACCUCCUCCCGCAUCCCAACCCAACAACGCAUUCCCCGCGCCAACGCGUCGCCAUCUCCCUCUUCGUCUUCGCCGCCGCGAUCUUCCGCUCCGAGGUCGCCCUCCUCCUCGCCACGACGGGCCUCUACCUCCUCCUGACCUCCCAGACCACCAUCCCGCGCCUCGUCCGCCCCUUCCUCAUCUCCUUCACCGUCGCCCUCGUCGUCUCCGUGCCCCUCGACUCCUACUUCUGGCAGAAGCCCCUCUGGCCCGAGCUCUGGGGCUUCUACUACAACGCCGUCCUCGGCUCCUCCUCCAACUGGGGCGUCUCCCCCUGGCACUUCUACUUCACCUCGGCCCUCCCGCGUCUCCUCGUCAACCCCCUGACCAUCGUCCUCCUCAUCCCCCUCGCCCUCACCCAGCCGGCCACCUCCCGCGCCGCGCGCGGCCUCGUCGUCCCCUCGCUGCUCUUCGUCGCCAUCUACUCCCUCCAGCCCCACAAGGAAGCCCGCUUCAUCUUCUACGCCGUCCCGCCCCUGACGGCCGCCGCGGCCCAGGGCGCGAACCACAUCUUCGCCCGCCGCGCCAAGUCCCCCUUCUACGCCCUCGCCUCUGUAGCCCUGGUCUUCAGCGUCCUGGGCGCCUUCGCCGCCUCCACCGGCAUGCUCCUCCUCUCCUCGCUCAACUACCCAGGCGGCGACGCCCUGCGCCAGCUCCACGCCCUCGUCGGCGUCGGCAGCGGCAGCGGCCUCGGCAGCGCCUCCGGACACGGCAACCACCUCAGCCCCGCGAGCUCCUCCGUCACGGCCGUCCACACGGACGUCCUGAGCUGCAUGACGGGCGUCACCCUCUUCGGCCAGAACCCCUCGGGCCAGCCCAAGAACCCGCACUCGCGCGCCCUCGAGAACAGCCUCGGCGGCGCCGACGCCGCCAUCGCGGCGGCCGCCGUGCCCGUCCUCGCCUUCGACAAGACCGAGGACAAGGCCGUCCUCGCGGACCCGGGCUUCUGGUCGAGGUUCGACUACGUCCUGGCCGAGGACCCGGCGACCGUCAAGGGGGGCCGGUGGGAGACCGUCGGCGUCGUGCAGGGGUAUGCCGGGAUCGAGGUGCUGAAGCCGGGCGUUCAGACGGGAGAUGAAAAGGAGGAAGGGGAGAAGGUCCUCGGUAGGGGGUUGUUGGUGAAGAAGGCGCGCGAUCUGGUUAGCAGGUAUACCGGUAGCUGGUGGGUUGGGCCGCGGAUGGAGCCGCGAAUCCGGAUUCUCAAGAAGGUCAAGGACGUUGGUGCCAGCUCCAGUGCCCGCAUCGUUUCUCAGUGA